AGCGUUCUGUUGUGGGCUGCAAAAUGGAAGGAUGAUGGAAAAUUAUAUUCAAAUCUAUUUUAAUGUGUGCCUUUGUCAGGAAGCGCAGGGAAAGAUAGGGAGAGGAAAGGGAACCCAGGUGUCGAUUUACAGCGCGAAAAGGGCGUGACUCAGACGCGGUUUUAAAUGGCGCGCCGGCCACUUCUGAGGUUAGGGGAAAUCCUAGUAUUGAAAUCUUGAUACGAAGCGACAGGUCAAAAAGCCAGUUAAAUUAGUCCGCGGAGCGUAAUUCUAAAAGGGAGCGAGCAGAGACAUGAACAUGAAUCGAAGUGAGAGGUCAAAAACAGCAGGGAGACGGGGAGUGUAAAUGAGCAUGACAGACGGAAGGAAAACAUGGGCAUGUGAUAGAGAUGACAUGACAGCGUGGGAAAAAAGGAGAGAUGACGGCGCUACACUCACUGAUGUUGCCAGGUUCAUUCCCUACAUUCCUCCGCUGGACUGGUUUGGAGCUCAGGCUUACUGCAGACAAUUUCACACAGAUUUGGCCAGCGCAACCACCUCAAUGGAGAACAAAGAAAUAACGAAAAAUGUUGUAAUCUACACUUCCUCUUGGUUUGGUCUAUUUAGGGACACUUGGACAUGGACAGAUGAGACCAUAGCUACAAACAUUCCAUGGGAUCCUUUACAGCCUACUUUCGAAACAGGCAACGAGAAUUGUGCAACGUUUGCUGAAGGACUGAACUAUAACACACUGUGCAGCAAUCAAUAUGCCUUCUACUGCCACUCCACUCCACCAGUGAGGCAGGUGCAGAUAAUAAAAAUGCAGGUGGACUCUGAUGCGAAUGUUUUUGAUCCUGCUAUACAGUUGUCCAUUUUACGGCAGAUCAAUCUGAAGCUGGUUGGAUUGGGCAUGGUGAACAUCACAGUAUCCUGGAGGGUGCAACCAAAUGGCAAUAUCUUCUACAAGAAGGAAAAAAAUCUGUAA